UUUGAACUUACCUCUAGAUGAGUUUGGCGCGGUUGUAGAGAACCACCGACGAAAAGAGAUGACAAAAGAUAUGAGGAAACAAGUGUACCAAGCGUUGUUGGCUAGAAGCAAUAACAGGAGACUCCACAAGAAAGAUACCCAAAUUGUUGCCGACCAAUUUGAUCUCCACCUUCGGUCAGUGCAGCGCGUAUGGAACAGAGGUAAAAUACAACUUGCAAACUCGAUGCCGAUUGUGGUUGCUAGUCUAAAAAAGGGAAGAGUUGGUCGUAAAGCAAUUCCUAUUGAUUUGGAAGUUUUGCUUAACAUUCCUUUAAAGGAUAGGAUGACCUUAGAGGAUGUUUGUGCCAAGCUAAACAUGAGUAAAUGGAAGGUGCUAAGGUAUUUGAAAAAAGGUUUACUUAGGCAUCAUUCUAGUAGCAUCAAGCCCUUUCUCACUGAAGGAAACAAAAAUACUAGGUUGAAGUUUUGUAUUGACAUGAUUAAGAGGGGGUUGAAUGGUGAUCCAAGCUUUAGGGAUUUUUUUGACUUCGUUGUCAUUGAUGAAAAAUGGUUCUACCUAUCCCAAAAGUCUGAAAAAUAUUAUUUGCUCCCCGAAGAAGAUGAUCCACAUAGGACUUGCAAGAACAAAAACUACAUCCCUAGGCUCAUGUUUCUCACUGUUUGUGCUAGACCGAGGUUUAGAGAUGGACAAUGCAUUUUUUAUGGUAAAAUUGGAUGUUUUCCUCUUGUCAAUUAUGAACCGGCUAUAAGAGGAAAUGCUAUAACUGGCCGUGUAAGGGGAGAUAUGGUUAUGAAGCCCAUUCAAAGUAUCACAAGAGAUGUUAUUAGAGAAUUCAUGAUUAACAAAGUCUUACCGGCCAUUAGAGCUAAGUGGCCGAGGGAAGAUGUGAGAAAUCCUAUUUAUAUUCAACAAGACAAUGCACCUUCACAUUUAAAGUUGGAUGAUCCAUUGUUUUGUGAGGCUGCAAAGCAAGAUGGUUUUGAUAUUAGCAUCAUUUGUCAACCUCCAAAUUCUCCUGAUUUUAACAUCUUGGACUUGGGUUUUUUUUCGAGCUAUUCAAACAAUUCAAUACAAAAAGAAUGCAAGAACUAUUCAAGAACUAGUUCCAGCAGUGCAAGAGGCUUUCAUGGAGUUUUGUCCACACAAAGCAAAUCACAUUUUUGUCACACUACAAACUGUUUUAUUGGAAGCAAUGAAGAACAAAGGAUGCAACAACUACAAAAUCCCGCACAUGAAUAAGACUACAUUAGAAAGACAGGAGAGGCUGCCAACUUGUAUUCCUUGUCCACCAUCUUUGCUACAUGAAGCUGAGGCUACACUUGCUGCAUUGUAGGGAGAAAUAUGCUAGUUAGAGGCAACAAUGUCAUUUAGAUCUUAGCAUGUUUGAUUAGCAUGUUGUAACGUGAACAUUUAGAUCUUAGCAUGAACUUACCGAUGCUUUGGCGUCGCA